CUCGCGGGACCCCGACGAAGAGCGGAAGCAAGGAGCUUCUGCUGCUUCGGUGAGCGGGCGGCGGCGGCUGUGGCUGUGGCUGUGGCUGUGGCUGUGGCUGUGGUGGUGACGGUGGAGGAAACAGACGCUGCCCUCGGGGACCAGCAGCGGGGUCGGCGGCCGCUCGCACCGCUCAGAGGGGCCGGCCGGGCCGGAGCGGAGCCUCUGCGCCACGGGUGGCAUUGUGUGUCCCAGAGUGCAGGAGCGCGUCCCAGGAGAGGCGAGGCUGAGCCCCCAGCACUGGGUUGCUUCGGCAGGGAAGACUCCCUUCCCCCUGCUUCAGGCUGCUGAGCUCUGAGCUGUGCUCAGAAUGGAAGCCAUCGCCAAAUAUGACUUCAAAGCUACUGCAGACGACGAGCUGAGCUUCAAAAGGGGGGACAUCCUCAAGGUCUUGAAUGAAGAAUGUGAUCAGAACUGGUACAAGGCGGAGCUGAAUGGAAAAGACGGCUUCAUCCCCAAGAAUUACAUAGAGAUGAAGCCGCACCCGUGGUUUUUUGGCAAAAUCCCCCGAGCGAAGGCAGAAGAGAUGCUUAGCAAACAACGGCAUGACGGGGCCUUCCUGAUCCGAGAGAGUGAGAGUGCGCCUGGUGACUUCUCCCUCUCUGUCAAGUUCGGCAAUGACGUGCAGCACUUCAAGGUGCUCCGAGAUGGGGCCGGCAAGUACUUCCUCUGGGUGGUGAAGUUCAACUCCCUGAACGAGCUGGUGGAUUACCACAGGUCAACCUCCGUCUCCAGGAACCAGCAGAUAUUCCUGCGGGACAUAGAGCAGGUGCCACAGCAGCCAACGUAUGUCCAGGCCCUGUUUGACUUUGACCCCCAGGAGGAUGGGGAGCUGGGGUUCCGGCGGGGAGACUUCAUCCACGUCAUGGAUAACUCAGACCCCAACUGGUGGAAGGGCUCCUGCCACGGGCAGACCGGCAUGUUCCCGCGCAACUACGUCACCCCCGUGAACCGGAACGUCUAGGAAGCAAACCAAGAUUAUUUAAAGAGAGUCAAAAGUUUAAACAUGUGCAGAAGAGCCCACAAGCUGCCCUCCCAGCAGCCUGUGAGGAGCGCAGACACCCGGCGGGUCCCCUGGUGGCCCUCUCACUUUGGUCGGAACUGGGGGUUGGGGGGUGGGGGUUGGAUAUAAAAAUGCCAAAACGCACCUAUAAAUUAACAACAGAGUUUUUAUGACAAAUUUUCACCACUGCUCCUCCAUCCCCGUCUUUGUCCUUUUUUCCAUCCUUUUUCCCUUCUGCCCAUCAGUGCAUGACGCCUCCUGCCACGUAUAGUCCCAGCUGAUGCCAAU